AUGGUAAAAUAUAUUCACGGUAUAAUUGAUUAUGAUAAACAUAAUGAGAUAUUACAUGAUGAUCACAAAAUAUUAAUUUAUCUCGAUGAUAUGACAUUGACAGACAUAGCAUCACAAGAUGGAUCUUAUGUUAGAAAAUUUCACACAAUUGCCAAAUCGAUAUUAGACGAAAAUAUUCACACAUUUCCCAUUAAAUUUUCUGUUGAAUAUGAUGAAACAGAUGUUGAAUUCACGUCAUACUAUGCAUUACGUGUUCGAAUUGUGGCCGAUGGUAAAACAAGAUUUAUAACGGCUCAUAAUGUACCGGUCUUGACUCACGGUCAUCCAAUCGAUAAUGUUCGAAUACAAGUAGAAAAAAUAGAUAUUAUGUAA